AUGGAUGAGGGGCGAUAUGAGCAGAGGGAAAGUUUACCAGGAAGUAGUGCCGACAGUGACGCGUCAAGUAGCCUGUUUGAAAGUAAUGAAAGUGAACCAUUAAGCGAUAUAGAAAGGCCUUCUGACGAUGAAGAAGAUUUAAGAGAAGAUUUACAAAAAAAUAUACCCAAUAUUUAUAAGUCUGAUUCAAACUUUACAUCACAUACUUCUAAUGACGUCACUAACGAUGAGGAGUUUCAAGCGACAGCGCUUUGUCAAUUUAUGGAUAUAUUAAAUGAUUUAGAUGAAGUUUUAGAUAAAUCCUUACUAGCUUGUCUGGAUGACGGCACGAAAUCUUUUGAUAGUGACGAUGACGAUCUCAUUUGUAAAAUUAAGGAGUGUAUUACUACUACAGAAGAUAGGUCUGAUCAUUCAGAAUCGCAAAGUUCGGUAGACGAUACAACGCAAGUUAUUAUGUGCCCAAUUGCUCAAACCUCGGCUCCGUCAAUGGAAGAGAUGGAAAUCUCCCCCAACGAAGGGGCACGACCAAAUCUUGUGCGUUCCAAAAGUGUUUCAGAACUCUCUAGGUGUAGUACACAAAUGCCAUUACAAUUAGAAAGGGCUAGCACAGUUAACGAUACCUUACGCAAUUCCAUGAGGAGAUUAGAUCCGAUUGUUUUACCAGCAAUAUCUACCCAAGAUUCUUGUGAGCCCCUAACAUUGCCGGUUAUAUUAUUUCUAGAACAUCAUGUAAAUAUGAGGCCUACUAGCGCGCCCAUACAACUACAAGUGACAGCUGCAAAUCUUAGCAGUGAUGGCACUUCAGGGCCUCUGAUAGUCGGUCGUAGAACAUUGUUGAUGAACCGAGCGUUGUCUUUGCCCUCGCCUGGUGAUAACGACGUCGCACCUAUCGACUGGACUGAACGUAAUACAACUAGAAAUAUAGGCAGAAGUACCAGCGCUUCAAGUUCUUCCAACGAGUCACUAGUUCGCGUAGCCACAGCAAAUCAGAACGCAUUCAAUACUGCAGAGGAUAGGAAUGAGGAUUCGAGAAUACCCCCUUUUGGGGUGUGGCCUCACAAAAUGAGCGCAAUGUUAGCGUGUCUCAGUUGUACCGUUGGAAUAUUUAACAUUUCUAGGUUUGCCAUAUUUAGCGUCCAUUUUGGAGCUAGCUUCAUCGUGCAGUUCUUUAUACUGUCUCUAUUAAUUGGAAUACCGUUAUUUACACUACAUUUGUGUUUGGGCCAAGUGUUAGAGUCGGGACCGAUAGAUAUGUGGCGUAUAUCGCCAAUAUUCCAAGGCGUCGGUAUAUCUUUGCUUCUGAUUCAAGCAGUGAUUGGAAUAUACAGUAUAAUCGGUCUCUCGUGGAUCUUCGUAUAUUUCAGAGACUCAUUUAUAACGUCUAAUGAUAGAUACAAAUGGGCAUUGCCACAUGAGUAUAAUUUCGAUGAUAUCAUACAAAAGAAUGCGACCGUCAAAAUCCAAGAGACAUUACCACAAUAUUUCCACGAAGAAGUUCUUCAACGUAAUUUAGGUACAAACAACUUUGGGUCAAUAAAAUUUCAAGUUGCAUUCAAUUUGGCGGUGGUUUGGAUGAUAGUAUUUGUGUCACUGAGCAAGGGAUUGAGGUCAUACGGCAAGGCUGUAUACAUGCUCAUAUUCCUACCGAUAUGCGGCACUCUAGUACUAUGUACGAAGCUAUUAACUUUGAUACCAUUCGAUUCAGUCACAAAUAUCUUCUCUGAAACGGAAUGGAGUGAAUUCUUUAUUAAUAGCAAUAGCUGGGCUGCCGCAGCACAAGAGACAUUUUUAACUUGGGGGUUAUUAGGAGCAAGUAUAAUGCAACUAACCUCUCACAAGGACCCAAAAAACAAAUCAAGCGUGAUACUACAAAAGGAAAGUGCGUGUAUAGUCGCCUUUACAUUCGCAGUGCUCCUAUUGGGCUCCUUCCUAGCAAAUACAUGUGUACAGAUUUUGAAGAGCUACGGCUAUAUGUAUUUGCCUAGCAGUUAUGAAACAAUCAAAUCAUCGCAAUUUCUUUGGCCUGUAUCUGAACCUUUACCUGGUAACACUGUGUCUACUCCAGUUCGAUAUAUGGGGCACUAUGGAAGUUUAGUGGGCGUGACCGUGUGGAGAACUGGCAACCCGGCCAAAUUGUUAAGUGGCUGGCAGCCUUUACAACUGGCAACCCAGAUCGUUCCGGCCACCUUAGCUGUGUUGCCAGCCAAUGUGUUAUCUCCAGCGUGGGCAGUGAUAUUCUACUUCAUCCUUAUAAUGUUCGGUAUAGCGCAGCAACUCGCGAUAUGGCACUGCGUUAUCACAGGCGUUAUGGCGUUCAACCCCCGUGUGCUGAAAGUAUGGGAGACUACAAUAACUUUCUUCAGUUGUGUGUUUGGACUUGCCAUGGGAUUGCUAUUAUCUACUGAUGCGGGCAUAAAGAUAGUGCACUUCUGCGACUACACGUGGGUGGGCGCGUGGUGGCAGUGCGUGGUGCAGACGGCGCUGGCGGCGGGCGUGUUCGUGGUGCGCGGGCGGCCGUACUCGCCGGACGCGGUGGUGGGCGCGCUGUACGGCGCGCGCUCGCGCCUGUCCGCCGCGCUCGCCGCGCUGCUCAGCUUCACCUGGACCGUGGUGCUGCCGGUGCUCUUGUGUGCAAUAUGCGUAUUGGAUUUCCGUUUGGGGCAGCAACGUCAGUUGUACAGCUGGAGAAAACCUGUUGGGUACUGGCCGGUGUGGUGCCGGCAGGCGGGCGUGGCGCUGCAGCAGGGCGCGCUGCUGCUGCUGCCGCUGGCCGCCUUCGUGCAGACCUGGCGCUACCUGUCGCGCGGGCCCGACGACAUACUCGAGGAUUCCCAUGAAUGUUCGGAUGAGUUGCGCGUACAGAAUCUCUACCGGCCGCGGAUGGAGGCGGGCGGCGCGGGAGCGGGCGCGGGCGCGGGCGCGGGUGGCGGCGCGGGGGAGGCGGCGCCGGCCGCCGCGCCCGACCCACCGCCCAAGUACACGCCGCCGCCCUCCUACUCCACGGCGACCGGCGCGCGCCUACUGAACUCGUUGAGACGCAGCUUCCGCACGUUGCGACGAAUAACAUCAAACCGAGCAGAAGCUGCAGACGACACAUCACAAAUACCCAUCACUCUGAGUGAGAGUGUCGACCGGCAGGCCGACGUGCGUCCUCCUGAGUAUCACUUCCCAACACUAACGCCGACCAUCACACUGACCGACGAGACCGACACGACGCGAUCGACCGCCCCUACUCGCCGACAUUCCCGCUCACCGACAAGACCGACAUCCUCCCGAAACUCACUCACCCUCACACGUGAUUUACUACGACGAUCCUUCGUCAGGAAAAGCGAUUCCGCCAAAAGCAUCCGUUCGAGUUUACGACGAAGUUUCAAAUAUGGCGGACCACUCACGACUAGUCACGAACAAUUAGUAAGGGACGUCGAACCAAUCUCUAAUACGGUGGCCAUGUCGGCCAUGUUGAGCGAUGACGUCACACACACUAGAAGUCUCGGCUCCGUCAUC